UCACCGGCUUACUUACUGCUAUGGCCAGAGAAAACCGCAUCAGUUUGCGAGAAGAACGUGACGAGAGUGGAUCUAACUUGUGUCUUUCUAAAAAGUACUAUUUCAAACUUUAGUUUGCUUCAAUAACAUACAUAUCUACUAUUAAUUAUUACAUCUAUCAAACAUAAUUGAACUUAAAAAAGAAAACAAGUGUCCAAUAAAAAGAAAACUUUUUUUUUAUUGAAAAAUAUUUUCUUAUCAUAAGUUGAUUGACCAUUGGAUGGAAUAUGAAGAUUUAUUAAAUUUGUGUAAUAGAAAAAAUAUAAUAUUUGUUAUUCUGUGUUUGAUGGUGAUUUAUGUGCAUUUUUUCUUGAAUUAAAAUUUAUAAACAAACAAUUACUAGAAAUUGCGUUGAUUUUCUAACGUAUAUGUGCGUGAGAUAUGUCGCAGAUUCUUGAUUUAUUAGGAGCUCGCUAAAAGUUCUCACGGAUUCGCAAGAGAAUGCGAUCUUUUUAAAAAUUAUAUUGACAUCAUCAUGUGGAAAGGUUUAUUGCUGAUUUUAUUAACAAUAUCAAUUAAUUAUUGUUCGACCUUUGAAUCAUCAAGACUCUUAGUGACUGAGGGUCUAAAGAAUGUGCGUGGUAUUAAUAAUCAGAAAUACCGUCUGAAUGUUGAUAAAAUCGACUACGAUGAAAAUUAUCCAGCUGAUGAGCCGGGGUUUGAGGGAGGGAAAUUGAUUGGAAAGUGGCGAAGUACUGGUGCAGCUAUUGAACCUAAAUGGAGAGAUGGAGAUUCUAUUCCUUUAGUACCUUUUGAAGAAGCAGCAACAUUGCGUCGAGUGACAAAAAAUAAAGAAAAACCAUUGACAACUGGUGAGGCUAUCCCACGAGAACUAGCAGUAUCUAAUUCACUUGCUAGCAAGCUUCAUGAAAUUCAACAUGCGAAAAUACGUUACUUGAAUGCACCUGUUACUGAAAUAAAACCUAUUCCCGAGUUUAUUUCAGCAUUCAAAGAUGUAAAAACGUAUUCAGUUGAAGAGCCUCAGGAACCAGUUCAUCAUAAGAAUGAUUUUACAAAUUCUUUUCAGAAUGAAAGUCGAAGAUAUCGACUUAGGAAACCAAAGCCAAUAGUUGUUAAUUUACAUGAAGGUGAAAAUCCAGGUGUUGCUUAUGUGCGAGAACCAGUUGUAAAAAGUUCAUUGAGUUCAUCUACUGAAGGUAAACAACAAAUUACUGGAGAUCGAAUGGAAAAUAAGAAAACCACAGUACUACCAGGGAGAAGUGAAAUAAUUCGACCUAAAAGUCCAUUUGAAAAUCAUCCAGAGUAUGAAUUAAAUGAUGACGAGUAUCAAAGACCAAGGCCAAGAAAACGCCGGCCUCCACAAAAUUACGAAUUUUCUGAAGAAGGAAAUUCCGAUCCAGUUCCAGAAGUUAAAAGGUGGCCCAAUGGACUAAAUUCUGGCAGAAAAAAUCGCACGAGAGGAAAUCCAUUAGAGAGUGAGAUAGUGAAUCAAAGGAUGGAGAAUUCAGAGCUCAAGUCUUUAUUAAAAAUGCAGCAGAUUGAAGGUCUUAGUCUCUCAGAGAUUCUUCAACGAAGAAAUUUAUCUCUUAGUGAUUUGUUGAAGGGAAAAUCAGAUGUUAUUAAAGUACUGAAGGCUAAUAAUACUGAUGAUGAUGUAGAAAGCAUAUCAAAUACUAGACAAAAAGAUUUUAAUCCAACAAUUGUUCGAGAGAAGACAGUAGAUCGACCGCGAUGGAGAAUAAAUCCUAGAAUAAAAUCAAAAGAUAGAAGACGUAAUCAAUUCUCGACAAUGACAAUGACUACAUCAACAAUGACUACGCCAACGCCAAUAUCAACGACAAUGUGGUUUGAAAAAAAUUAUUGGGCUGAAACAAAAGACGAUUUAAACAGACAAAUAAUAGAACCAAUGAAAGGUAAUGAGAGAAAGUCAAAAGAGAGUGACAUAAAGUCUUCAACAAAAGCAAUUGCUAAAUUAACUGAGGCAAAUAUUUUCGCACGCUUCAAUUCUUCUGGUCGGAAACCUGUUGCUAUAUCUACAACUGUUGAAACUAUUAAAGAAGAAGAUCCUGUUGUAAAAUACGAGCCUAAGAAACAGUUAACAACAGUACCAUCAAGCACUGAAGACGAUGAAAUAAUGGAAUUUUCAGACUUUUCUACGAAAACAAGUAGUCUAGACGAUAAAGUAGCAAAGUCCGUCGUGACAACGACAUUAAAACCAGAUGUGACGUCCCCAAGGCAUCAAGCAACUACAGUUAUUGCAGGAUAUAAUGAUAUUGGAAGAGAUGAUGGUGGUUCUACAUUAAGCAUUGAACACAUUUUAUCAACAGAGCCAACUAAAUCCACUGCAGCAACUGCUAAUCGGCAUAUUGAUGAAGACAACAAAUUUAAUACUCUCAUCGAAUACAAUAAAUCUGAAAAUGAUGCAGAUUGUAAUGAUGAAGGUAUGAUAGAUUAUCAAAAUGAUGGAGAAAAUAGUCGAGAUCAAGAAUAUGACAAUGGAGGCACGAUGGAUGGUGAAGAAUAUUAUGAUCUACCAGAAACAACAACUAUAGAAAUGACGACACCAAUUAGUAUAACAACUACAGAGGACUUUGAAACAACACAGAUAAGUUAUGAAGACGAAGAAGAAACAGAAAUACCACCAAACCAUCGACCUGAACCAUCGAAUAUGUUUCUUAAUAAUAAACGUUAUGAACAAGUGAUUUCAGAGAUUGAACCUGAAGCACGUGCGGAGAUAUUUGAAGUAAUUAGCUCAGGAUCUAGUACUCAUUUAGAGAAACUUUUACGAUCAAGGAAUAUGAGUCUUGAUGAAUUAAUAUCACUAAGACAAAGAGGAUCUAGCCAAGCUCAUUUAGCUGGAUUUGCUCGACCGAAAUCAAGGUCUCAUAAAUUCAUAGAGAAACCAACAAUUCGAUCAUAUGUUCCAUCUAGCACAGAAAGUAUUAGAAGUACUAUUCCAACCACAAUUCCCUCAUUAAGUAGUUUCAGAUCGUCUCAGUUUAAAAUUAAUGUUGAAGAAAUCACACUUAAGCCUUCUCCAACAACUCCAUUGAUAACUACUAUCAUUACUACAACUACUUCGACUACUUCCACUCCAACUACUACUCCAGCGACAACUACUUUAUUAGCGGAUGAAGUGACAGAAAAUACUAAGAGUGAUUCUCGAAUUGUUAAUGUCACUGACAAAACUCCAAUAGUGAUUAAUAUUUCAUGCACUGAUGAUAAAAAAGAGGAAAAAAUUCAAGCAGUAUUUGAGAAAAAUUCUCUUGAAUUAGUUGAUUUAUUAAAUGCCUUUGAUUCUCUUCCUUUUGCGAUCCAUAAGCAUGUAGAAAAAAUUCUAAUUCCUACUUCUACUGAAAUUAGUCCUGUUACGGAGAAAAAAGAAGAGAUUAAAAUAGUAAAUGAAGAAGUUCUUGAUGUUAUCAUGAAAGAAAAAGAUCUAAACGACAGAGAAAUUUUAGUAAAAUCUCCAGAAGUUGGUUCUGUAGAGGAAAUUAUCAAGAAAUUUGAAGCUGAAGAAUCAACAAGUACAACAGAAAGUGAUUUAGCUCAUUCAAUACACGAGAAAGAAAGAAAAACUUUAUCUAAAGUAAAACCGAGUAUAAUAGCUAGUGGAGUUAUACUUGGAAUGACUAUUGUAGGCUUCUUAGCUCUUUUCAUCACAUGUAGAAUCCGUCAGAAGCAGAGAUACAUGUACAAAAAUACUUUUUCCAAGGCAGUUUUCCAGGCACCAGUCAUGAAUGGAAGAAAGUUGUCUAACUCGAGUAGCUUGAAUACGAUAAUGGUGAAUGUUGUUGCAACAUCAACCACCAAAAGAACAGUUCAACAAGAGACACAAGAAGUUGAAGAAACUUUUGAUUGUAAAAGUGACAUUGAUCACGAUUCAUUGGACGCCAAUGAUAGCUGGGAAACGAUUCCUGACUUUAUGAAAUAAGUUAUAUUAUUAUAACUGUUAAUUCUUAAACCUUAACAUUGAUGUAUAUUUUUUAGAUGUUAAGUCAAUUUACUGGCUUUAAUGUUUUGUCAAGAUUUUAAUUUUUAAGCUUCAUUUGUUACUUAAAGAAACAUUAUUUAAUUUUCUUA